AUGUCAAAAAUCGACAAGCUCUCUAUCCUUGGAGUCCGGUCUUUUGACAACACGCGAAGUGAGACGAUUCAGUUCUAUUCACCUCUUACCCUUGUAGUGGGCUUCAAUGGAUCUGGCAAGACAACGAUCAUCGAGUGUCUUAAGUAUGUUACAACCGGCAUUCUCCCGCCCAACAGCAAGGGUGGCGCUUUCAUCCACGAUCCCAGGCUGGCUGGCGAGCGAGAAGUUCUAGCUCAAGUCAAACUCUCCUUCAAGGCGGCUACUGGAGCGAGAAUGGUGGCAACUAGAAGUCUACAGCUUACUGUCAAAAGGCUCACGCGACAGCAGAAGACGUUAGAAUGCCAGCUAUUGAUGAUCAAGGAAGGCGAACGGACCGCCAUUUCUUCCCGUGUGGCAGAACUAGAUCAAAUCAUCCCUCAGUACCUCGGCGUCGCCACCGCCAUUAUUGACAAUGUUAUCUUCUGUCAUCAGGACGAAAGCUUGUGGCCGAUGAGCGAACCAUCAGUCCUGAAGAAGAAAUUUGAUGAGAUCUUCGAAGCUCAGAAAUAUACCAAAGCUAUCGACAACAUCAAGCAGCUCCGCAAAAAGCAAAAUGAAGAAUUGGGCAAGUACAAGAUAAUGGAGCAGAAUGCCAAGGAGUACAAAGUCAUGGCAGAGAAAACCCAGAAUCGAAUGACGAAGCUCCAAGAGGAGAUCGAAGCUUUACGCGAAGACGCCAUUGAGCUUGAUCGACAAAUAAAUCAUGCCGCUGAACUUCAGAAACAGGCACAGACACAGCUUGACAAUUAUGAUUCUGUCUCCAAGUCAUUGGAAAUCAAACGCAGUGAGGCUGCCACAAGAGAGGAACUCAUACAGAGCCUGAAGUCGCGCAUGAAAGAAGUGCCGGAGCCUGACGAGUGGUUAGCUUCGUCGCUAGAGCAAUUUGAUUCUCGCAUCGAGCAAUAUGAGAAUCAGCGAGAAGCUCGACUAGGGACGUUCCAAGAGCUUAAGGCUCAUCUCGACGCCAAGCAAGGUGAAAAGGACACCAAGCAGACCGAGAAGGGCGAAAUUGAGGCAGAAAAGAAGCAGUACGAGAAGCAGGUCCAAAGUAGACGAGAUUUAGUGAAAGACGUUUCCCGGCGUCACAACCUGAGGGGCUACGACAAUGUUACUGAUAGCCAUCAGUUUGAUGAUUUCAUGCAGAAAUUCAGGAAGAUCUCACGAGAUCAAACCAAUUCCCUGUCCCGCGCUAGAGAGGAGGCCGAUGAGAAGAGAAAAAAAGCUCAGAUGCUUAAAAAUCAACUGGAACAACGGCAGAAGGCGUUGCAAGACAAUAAGAUUGAAGCCAGGAAGCUUGUAGUCCAGAACGACCGCGAAGGGCAAGAAAUACGAAGGAAUAUAGACAAGAUAUCAGCCGAUGAAGGGUCCAAGGCGGUAAUUGAAUCCCGUAUCGAAGACAUCAGCACUCGGCUUCACAAGGCUGAGAAUGACGCAAAGGAACCUUCACGUGAGAAAGCUUUGACUGAAGCCCAUGCCAAUGUUCUCCUGCUUGAGGAAGAAUCGAAACAUCUGCGGACAGAACUCGUCCAAAGCACCAAACUUUCGGAUGAGAUGGCGGAGUUGACGCACCUGAAGAAGCUUGUCAAAGACAGCUCCCGUAGUCUAGAGACAAUGAUCGAUGUUCAUGGUGACCGAAUCAAGGAACUUCUUGGUGGCGACUGGCAGCCAACAACGAUCGAGGCUGCAUAUCAAAAUGCACUUCAGUCUCGUAAUCGCCAGCUCUCGUCGAUAGAACAUGAGCAAAAUAUCGCCUCUCGAGAGCUCGAACAAUGCGAAUUCAAAGCAAAAACGAACAGCGAGGAAAUCGAGAAAAAGGAGAAAAGCUUGUCCGAGUCUAAGCAGAAAGUGCGUGACGCUAUUGACGACGAGCCUUCGGAAUAUGAAGUAAUAUUACAAGAGCGGCAGAAGACUGUCGAUACGGUGCGUGAUGACGCUGGCCAGAUGGCGGGCCUGAGCAGUUUUAUGCAGCAAAUCCUAGAUGUUGCGAACCAGAAAGGCGCUUGUCGCACUUGCUCGCGACCGUUCCGCACCGAAGCCGAGUUAAACAGGUUCAAGGCCAAGAUUGAAGGCCUGGUGAAAAAAGCGCAGACUGACAACCAGGAAGAAGAGAUCAAGGAACUCGAGCGAGAGCUGCAAGAGGCUAGAGAUUCCGCCAUCCAUUAUGAGAUGUGGAAGCAGAUAUCAUCUGAGCUUCCUUCACUGAAAGAGCAGCAAGUACAACUUUCUCGUGAUCGAGAUAGACUGCUAUCACGACUUGAGGAAUGUGACAGGAAGCUAGAAGAGCGACAAGAAGCCAAGAAGGAGCUGGAAGCAUUGUCUAAAACCGUGCAAUCCAUUGCCAAGCACGAUGCCGAUAUCAAAAGCAACAAGACAAGGAUUGAGCAACUAUCAAGCAAACAGUCUCAGACUGAAAGCUUUCACACUAUUCAUGAGAUUCAGGAAAUGAUGAAUGAUGCCGAAAGGAAGACAAGAGAAGCCCGCGAAGUGGUUCAGCGGUUGACGAAGGAAGAGGAGUCCUCACGAAACGACAUCUCGAGACUCAAUUUGGAGCUUGGUCGACUUGAGAGCGAUUUGAACACAUCGAAUUAUCAACUUGAAAAGAAAGCCAGCCUUGUCGCGGAAUUAGAAAAGCUGAAGAGUGCAACCGCUCGACAACGCGAUAUCAUCAGCAAAGCAGAUGACGAGAUUGACAGCCUCGACGCUGAGAUUGCAAAGGCGCGGGCCAAAUAUGAUGACAUUGACGAGAACGCCCGGUCAAAGGAGAAAGACCUCCAAAGCCGGGCUGAUGGUAUCUCUUCGAAUCUCCAGGACCUCAAUUAUUCGAACAAGAUCAUCCAGGAAUACAUUACUGCAGGUGGGCCACACCAACUAGCCAGGGUUCAACGUGAGCUGAAGGUUAUUAUGGACGAAAUCGCACGAGAUGAAGCUGAACAAGGCGAUCUGACACGAGAGAUAAACAAGUUAAAAGAGCAAAUCGAUCAAAGCGACGCGAUGAGGGUGAACUACUCCGACAAUCUACAGUAUCGACACAUGACGAGAGAACUGCAGAAGGUAGAAGCAGAGAUUCGCGAUCUUGCCACCAGAGCGUCCGACGUCGAAAAGGCACAUUUUGACGCGGAAGUGAAUCGGCGGAGAAAGGAAUGUAAUUUCCUAUCCGGACAACAAAAAGGGAAGAUGGGGGAGAUCAAAUCCAAGGACAACCAGUUAGCAGAGCUGUUAGCGGAUUACGAGACGGAUUACAAAGACGCAGCACGAAAGUACAAGGAAGCACACAUCAAGACCGAGACCACGAAAGCCGCAGUGGAAGACCUUGGUAGAUAUGGCAGCGCUCUCGACAGAGCGAUCAUGACAUAUCACGCCCUCAAGAUGGAAGAGAUCAACCGCAUCAUCGAAGAGCUGUGGCAGCGCACCUACCAAGGCACCGACGUUGACACCAUCCUUAUUCAGUCCGACAACGAAAACGCCAGAGGCAACCGCAAUUACAACUACCGCGUCUCCAUGAUCAAACAAGACGCGGAGAUGGACAUGCGAGGACGCUGCAGCGCGGGACAAAAGGUUCUUGCCAGCAUCAUCAUUCGUCUCGCGCUGGCGGAAUGCUUCGGCGUUAAUUGCGGUCUGAUCGCACUCGACGAGCCCACGACGAAUCUUGAUCGUGAUAACAUUCGAUCUUUAGCAGAGUCGCUGCACGAUAUCAUCAAGCAUCGGCAGCAGCAGUCUAACUUUCAGCUGAUUAUUAUCACGCAUGACGAGGAGUUCUUGAGGCAUAUGCAGUGUGGUGAUUUCACCGAUUACUAUUAUCGGGUGUCGAGGAACGAGAGGCAGAAAUCGAUCAUCGAAAGGCAGUCCAUUGCGGAGGUAUUGUAA